ACAUACUCUUUGGGGACGCCCACAGGUAACAGGGGACGCCAAAAAACGAAUAUUCCAGGUGGCGAACUGCGCCGGGAGCAUAGGCAGCUGGCCUUCUAUCGCGACCGCCAAAAACAGAGACACUGCGUUCAUAGCUACACACGGAUAUGACAAAAUGACUGCCCAACAGUCAUGUAACGACAUGUACAACGGUAUCCAAGAGAAGACGGCGAACCUCCUCUGGGAAUGGGGGAAAAUCCUUCAGAGUUCCCGCAAUGAGAUGGAGAUAGACCAGAAGUUCAACAUUUUCGUGCACACGAACAGGAACGGCAUCUUCAAAUCCGUUGAAAUGAUCUCAGAGUUCUUCCGCAUCGCCACACAAAUGUGUGUAAAGAAUGUGUACCAACUCCUCAACAAGGACAAGGCGCCGCCGAGGAGGGAAAAUUAUUAUGUGAUGUGCGAUUCGUUCAUCAAACUCGUCUCGCUAUUGAUUAAAAAAAACGCGCACAGCGCCAACCCCGCUCCGCAACUCAAAUUGUUACCAAUGAUACUUAACACGAUAGCUGGUCGUUUGCUCCAAGACCAGGAAGAGCAUGGAAUUCAUUUUCAUCAGCUUCCUUAUCACAGGCUGAUAAUAAUUUUGUUCCUUGAAAUGACACAAGAGGACAUGGCAAUAGUCAACUAUGAGGUAGUCUUUGAAUUCUACCAAAUGCUUCGCAUCGUGAGACCUAGCGCUGCACCCGGUUUCUGCUACGCGUGGCUAGAAAUAGUCGCGCAUAGGGUCUUUAUGCACAGAGUGCUCGUCGCCACUUCGAUACGACAGGGAGCGGGGAUGAUGUAUUGUACGCUGCUCAUCCUCCUUUUCGAGUUCCUCCACCCGUUCCUGCGUAACACGGAGUGGGCCCCGCCGGUCAUUAUGCUGUACAAAGGGACCCUGAAAGUGUUACUGGUUCUGGUCCACGAUUUUCCGGAGUUCCUGUGCGAUUACCACUACAGGUUCUGCGAUGAGAUUCCGCCGAAUUGCAUACAGAUGAGAAAUAUUAUCCUCUCGGCCUACCCGAUGAACAUGAUACCGCCCUACCCGCUCUCGCUGAAUCUAGAUGUGGAUCUGAUAGCCGAGAUGAGCUUACCGCCGCGUACAGCCAUACAUUUUGAGGCCAUAAUCCCCUCGUCGAAACUCAAGAAGGAUCUGGACGCGUACUUAGAGGCCCAAGCGCCUGUUACCUUCCUAUCAGAGCUGCGGAGCAACAUACAGGUAGUAAACGAGCUGGGUAGCCGAUAUGAUACCAAAAUGAUGAACGCAGUGGUUCUGUACGUGGGCACGAAAGCUAUCGCUCACAUAAGGGCGAAAGGACAAACGCCGAAUAUGACUACUAUAGCCCACUCAGCGCAUAUGGAUAUAUUCCAAAACUUUGCAGUUGACUUUGACUGUGAAGGACGAGCGCUGUUUCUGAACGCGAUCGCAAAUCAGUUGCGAUACCCGAAUAGUCACACGCACUAUUUUAGCUGCUGUCUGCUGUAUUUGUUCGCGGAAGCUGUCAAUAUAAAAGAACAAAUAACACGGGUUUUGUUCGAAAGAUUCCUUGCGGAGCGCCCGAUUCCUUGGGGAAUACUCGUCACCCUAAACAAACUUGUUCACGAUCCUGUUUAUAAAUUUUGGACGCAGGAGUUCGUCGUCCGUUGCAAGCAAGACAUCGGAAAUGUGGCUCGCAUUAUCGCAACCCGACAUCGUAUUUACAAUGGACAACAGAUUUGAUUGGUUCUUCGUCCUGUAACACGAACGCAAUGUCUAGCAGUAUCGAGAUGCUUGAGGUUAUCAAGGAUUCGUCAAACCAUUGGUCAUCUAUUUUACACCUCAGCACCAGAACAACGCCGCUUGGCCUCACAAUGACUGCAUUAAUUGCCGUUAAAUAAAAGCGGUGCGUCGCUUUUAUUUAACGCAUACCCGUCUUUACUCCCAGCUCGCCUGAUUAUAUAGGUGAUGUGGCUAAACUCGACUUUUUACCGGAUAAUGUCACUAACGACAUUUUUUGUAUAAAAACUUAUAUUUUGUUGCAUAGCAACAUAUAUAAUAUAAUACAUGUUUAUACACUUUGUUACCUAUUUUUACAUAUUGUAAAUAUAAUAAACAUAGCAAAUGUUUUCUAUGUUUGCUAUGUUUAUUCUAUAUUAAUAUCUAGGUGCUAGAUGGGUGCUAGAUUUACUGUAGAAAAAAAACUUA